ACUUCCACAAGGGUAUCUCCCGUUGUCGACAGAAGGUUUGAAGCCUGGAAGCCAGCCAACCUGAGUUCAUCGUUGCAUAAAUCAGUCGGCUACAAGGGAAAUGACUCGGCUGGUGUUUCUCCCAUCGUUACACUCGCUCACGACAGAGUGACGAAACCCUCGAACUGCAUCUGCCCUUCAUGCGCCCACCAGCCUUCACAUCAGCCCGACCCGCUGCCAGAAUAACGUGACAGAACAGACCCAUUUGAUUCCCACCAUGGCCAAGUCUGACAGCGAGUCCGAUCCACUAUGGCAGGAUCUCAAUUGGGCUAUUGGUCAGAUGCUGAUUAUGGGAUGGGAUGGCACUGAAGUCACCCCCCAAAUUAGAAACCUUAUCGAGCACCACCACCUGGGCUCUAUCUUAUUAACAGCUAAGAACCUCAAAUCCGCUCAGCAGACUGCGAGCCUGGUCCAGGAGCUUCAGACUAUAGCCCACCAAGCUGGACACCCCCACCCACUCUUGAUCGCGCUCGACCAGGAAAAUGGCGGUGUCAACAGUCUCUUCGAUGAAGACUACAUCUGUCAGUUCCCCAGUGCCAUGGGCAUUGCUGCGACUGGCAGUCAGGAACUGGCAUACAAAGUAGCCAAGGCUACGGCAACCGAAGUCUCGGCUGUUGGCGUCAAUCUCAUUCUCGGCCCGGUCCUAGAUGUCUUGACCAAUGCUCGACAUCAACCCUUGGGUGUGCGAGCCGUUGGCGACGACCCGCAAGAGGCAUCCCAGUAUGGGAUCGCAGCCAUGAAUGGCUACAAAGAUGCUGGGGUUGCCACUUGUGGCAAGCACUUCCCAUCCUAUGGCAACCUUGACUUUCUCGGGAGCUCGCUCGACAUGCCUAUAAUCACCCAAACGCUGGAAGAGCUCAGCCUGAGUGCUCUCGUUCCUUUUCGCAACGCCAUUGCCUCCGGCCGUCUGGACGGCAUGUUUGUGGGCGGCGUGGGUUUGCAAAACACGGGCAUGAAUGUCAUGCAUGCCUGCCUCUCAGAGCAGGUUGUUGAUGAUCUGCUGAGAAACGACCUGGGGUUUAAGGGUGUUGCCAUCUCCGAGUGCCUAGAGAUGGAGUCUCUCAUCCAGGAGUAUGGAGUCAAAGGUGGCACGGUCAUGGCUGUUGAGGCAGGGAACGAUCUCGUCCUUCUUUGCCGAGCACACGAUGUGCAACUGGAGGCUAUAUCUGGCCUCAAGCUGGGAAUCGACAACGGCAUCAUCUCGAAGGAGCGGGUGUUCACAUCACUGAAGCGCGUACUGCGGAUGAAGAACUCAUGUACUUCUUGGCAAAAGGCUCUUAACCCGCCCGGGCUCUCACUGCUGUCCAAGAUACAUCCGACGCACCUAGCGCUUUCUCAGAAGGCUUAUGAACAAUCCAUAACGGUCGUCAGGGAUAAGGACGGUUUGCUCCCCCUUUCUCAAAGUCUUCUGCAAGAGGAGGAACUGUUGCUGCUGACGCCGCUUGUGAAGCCGCUGCCAGCCUCAGCAGCAACUAAAAGCAUGAUGGAGAAGUCUGCUGCAAAGAACGGCGCCCCUAACCCGCAUGACAGAUGGGUUCACCAGGAGCGGGGAGCAAUCAUGAGUGGCGAAGGGGUGUUCCGGGAGCUGGGAAGGUCAAUAGCACGAACUCGUCACGGCAAAUUGCUCCAUACUUCAUAUACUGCGAAUGGGUUGAGACCUGUACAUGAGAACUUAAUCAACAGGGCGUCCGCAAUUAUCAUCGUCACUGCAGAUGCACACCGCAAUGGAUACCAAGCUGGCUUCACAAAGCACGUUGCCAUGAUGUGCCAAAUGUUACGAGCGACGGGCCAAAAGAAGUCCCUGAUCGUCGUUGCUGUGAGCUCGCCAUAUGACUUCGUCAUGGACAAAUCCAUCGGCACUUAUAUCUGCACAUUCGACUUUACGGAAACUGCCAUGGCCUCUCUCGUCCGGGCGCUGUACGGCGAAUUCAUCCCGCAAGGAUCAAUGCCUGGGACGAUGAGGAAAAGCAAGAAAGUUUCGAAGAAUCGCCAACGGUGGCUCGUAGAGAGUUACAACCGAGACCGGGACAGUCAGGGGCUCGAUGAGCUGAUCAAGGUUUUGGCAAGGUCAAGCACGCCGAGUCUGCCAUACCUCACAACCACGUCUCAUUCACUCGAGUUAUUCAAUCCCAGCAUCGAAGAAACGCAUUUCGUCGUCCGUAAUAGUAGCACCCAAGCGCUCUACGGAUUCGUCGCCACGUACUUUGUCCAUGGAGUAGGGGCUAUAGGCGCCAUCUUUGUGGACCCAUCAAAACGGAACGUAUCCAUCGGCAGGUCACUACACAGCCGCGCUCUCCGGGUUCUGCUACAAAAGCCGGGCCUCAAGAAGCUGCAACUGGGACUUUCAUUUCCGGGAGUGUUUCUGGGAAUUCCGGUCGACGAGAGCGGCAGUAGCAAAAGUUGGUUCACGAACAUGGGCUGGGAUACCCAAUUCCCGAGGCGCAUGACGAACCUCACAAUAGAAGACCUCUCGUCGUGGUCCGCGCCAGAAGGUCUGCUUGGCAGCAUUCAGCGUGCGCUCAUCAGCUUUGAUCUCAUCCAUGGACUCGAUAACGCCGAGUCGGUUCUGACCCAUGUAUCGACGUACGCCAGUCCGGACGUGGUCGAGCUGUACCGGUUUGCCCUGGCCCGCAGCCUCCUGGAUCACAAGAGCUGCGGCGUCGUGCGCGCCAAGAGCACCGACGGAAGCAUCCUCGGAACCGUCAUCAUUUGCACGACCGGAAGCCAGCUGGCGACACAUGUCCCCUCUCUUCACCCCGUCGGCGACGAGAGAGUGGGCGGUAUCCUGGCGCCGAUCGUGCCUGCCACCGCCCAAACGGUGCUGCUGCUGCAGGGCCUCGCGUUCAUGGGUGUACGGCAGAACAAGGGACAUAAAUCGGCGCGGAGUGUGCUGAGUUGGGUAAGCCAAGGUUUCGACAUUUCGUGUUUGUUGAUGCGGAAUGAAAGCGGCUAACUGGAUGAACAGGUGCUCGACGAGUUUAUUGAAC